AUGACACCGUUACUUCCGCAAGAGCCAGCUCCUUUCCAGUUCGGGCGAACAAUAGCUGACGUUUACGAGGACGUUUUGCUCUCCCCUGGUGCGACAAGCCUUUCUUCCUCGGCGGCACAAUCACGAAGCCUGCCGGGCACCGCUGCGGUCCAACUCAGGCUGAAAGAAGCGAACAGCUUUGUGGCUAGCAGCGCCAGAAACAAUCCGAGGUCGCCGUUUCGCCCGGAGAGCAAGUUUUCGUCAGUGGCUACACCGUCGGCGUCAGGCCUAACAGUAUGCCUUAGAGACUUGGAGGUGACGAAGGGAUCUGGGUCAACCCUUUUGGGGUCAGAGUACACGAAGAAGUAG